AAGGCCGAAGAGGAGGCGGCCCGUAAGAAGGCCGAAGAGGAAGCGGCUCGUAAGAAGGCUGAAGAGGAAGCGGCCCGUAAGAAGGCUGAGGAGGAGGCUGCAAGUAGGAAGGCACGAAAAGAAGCGAAAAAAAGGGCGAAAGAAGAGGCGGAGCGGAAGAAGGCUGAGGAGGAAGCGGCUCGUAAGAAAGCUCGAAGGGAGGCGCGUGAAAAGGCCAAGGAAGUAGCUCGGAAGAAGGCUGAGGAGGAAGCGGCCCGUAAGAAGGCUGAAGAGGAAGCGGCCCGAAAGAAGGCCGAAGAAGAAGCGGCUCGUAAGAAGGCUGAAGAGGAAGCGGCCCGAAAGAAGGCUGAGGAAGAAGCGGCUCGUAAAAAGGCCGAAGAGGAAGCGGCCCGUAAGAAGGCUGAGGAGGAAGCGGCUCGGAAGAAAGCUGAAGAGGAAGCGGCUCGUAAGAAGGCUGAAGAGGAAGCUGCUCGUAAGAAGGCUGAGGAGGAAGCGGCCCGUAAGAAGGCUGAAGAGGAGGCGGCCCGUAAGAAGGCUGAAGAGGAAGCGGCUCGUAAGAAGGCUGAGGAGGAAGCUGCCCGUAAGAAGGCCGAAGAGGAAGCGGCCCGUAAGAAGGCUAAAGAAGAGGCAGCUCGGAAGAAGGUCAAAGAAGAGGCGGAGGCCUGUAAGAAUGCUGAAGAGGAAGCAGCUCUUUCUGUGAAGGAGAAGAGAAAGUUGGCAAAAAGAAAGUUGGAGCGUUACCGCAAGCAAGUGGCACUUCGGCACCAGAAACCAUCUGCGCAAGAAAAGGAAGCCCUUGUGGCAGCUGCUACGGCACAGGGUGUUAUGGACGUUCCGCUGGUUCAAGUUAGUGCGCGUGGUGGUGCUGCUGCUGGAACCUCAGAUGAGGCGCCUCCAACUUCGGAGGAAACACUGCUAGCCAACGCAUUGAUACUACCCAAUGGUAAUGUGACGAUUGAGCGAUUUGACGAUAAUGAGUUGCUAGCUCAGCGGCGCAGCGUUGAUGAUCCGUGGGAUAUUGGGUUGCGGUUUGACUGGAGUGUCAAGACUCUGGCAAUUGGUUCACUGCCAAUGUUUGGAACUACCGAUCCACGGAGGAUGCACCCAUUCAUGAAGCAGUACGAGUCGCGACCCGUGUGGUUCCUUGAAGAGGUAAGCGGUGUUAAGGCAAACAACAUUCGCGAAGUGAUGGAUGUUCUCAAGAAGAGCCUCAAAGCCCGCUUUGUUUUUAGGAAGUAA